AUCUGCAAUCUAGAAUGCUUUCUGAGGCAGGGUUUGAAGAUAAAGUACUGCUUUGUUCUGGGAGGUCAAGGAAGUUCAUUUAGGAGUAAUAUAGCUACUUUCAACAGUAUCGCUUUUAAAAAACUCUGAACAAAUUCAAGGAACCUGAGUAACUGUUAAAAAUGGUUUAGUCAUUUUUUUCUGUUUGCUAGGAGGUUCUUUCACUCACUGCAACCAUGUCUUAUUUAAUUUUUGUUUGCGUUCAUUGUGAACCCUGGAGUUGUAAAUCAGUUGAGGACAAAGACAGUAAAGGUCAGUGAGGUGGUUUUAGACAUUCUGAAUUUGUCCGGCUCCAGUGUCCUUGCAGAUUUGUAACAGAGAAAUUGAAGCAAAGGGGGAAUGCCUCAGCUGUGCUGCUCCUAAUGAUGCAGUGUUUCAAAAUAUGUGUAUUACUUUUCCUGAGGGAUUAAAAGUUUACUUUGUAAAGACACAUGGAAGUACACUAUGCCUAUUAUAACAGUAGAAGCUGCACUAAAAUAACCAGAAUGCCCAUGUCUUCUUUUAUUCUGUGUGAAUUUUACUAUGCAGUUUGAGGAUUGCUUUAAUUCUCCAUUAUUCUACCUGUUCAUUAUCCCCUGUCCUUCCCCAUCACCCAAGCUCUAUGCUGUCGCUGUCUGUCUGCACGGCAAUAAGUGCAUGAGGACAGUCAGGUGCAGGAAAUGAGAAUCCCCAGGAGAUGAACUGCAAAGUGGUACUGUCUUAUGUUUUCAUUUAUGCUUUGGGGAAAAAUUUUGAGAGGAUGUUUAUGAAAUUGGAAAUGGUAUCAAGCUGAGAGCGGCUGCAAGCACCAUGGAAAACAGAAUUCAGUCAAGGCUUGAUGUUUUAGAAAAACAAAUAGCCUGAAAAUGGAGUAUAAUUCCAUAAAGUACAAGGUUUUAUAUGUGAUAGACCUGGCUAGGAGAGGUUCCACAGAAAAGAUGUGUGGAUUUCAUUUGGCCACAGGCUGAAUGUCAUCACCAGUGCUGUGUUCUUGCAAAGUAGGCAAGUGUCAUAUAGGAGUGUAUGAACUGUCACGGCAUUUCAGUUUUGUGGGGUAAUCCUGCUUUACCCAAUACUGGUGAGGGCUCAGCAGAAGUAUUUGGUUUGGUUUUGGCACCACACUUCAUGAGAAUGGACUGAUUAGAGAUCAAAGAGAAUUGACAGAAAUAAUCACAGAUCUUGAAGUUAACAAACUACAAAGAAAGAUUGAAGGGGUUGUGGUGGUUGAGCUCACGCAAUAGAAGAGAGAAGGAAACAUCAUAGACUUGAGAUAUGUAAAGGGAGUCUCCAGGUGCAUGAACACUGUCAUAAAAAGGCACAGACCCAAACUGCAGCAAGUGAGAUCCUGGUUGGAAAUCAGGAAGGCUCCUGAUGAGAAGGGCAGUAAAGCACUGGCGUAAGUUGCCUGCCCACCUUAUGUCUAGCCAGCUCUCAAAGAAUGAUUGAAAAGCAAUUGUUUGAACCCCUCUCUGCACACUUGUCCUUUUUGCGUGUGCUGGAGGCAUCAAGCACAAGGCCAGAUACAUGGCACUGAAAAAUUCUGGCAUCGGUGUAGCAGCUCUCAUUACAGAAUUAGCACAGGAAUUACGUGAAACUGGUCAAAGCAUAGAAUAACAGCUAGAGAGGAAAGGCUGGUUGCAAAUCCUUCUACAUCUGUGGAUCUGCAGCACUGUUAAGCAAGAAUCCAGAACUGCUCGUCAUGAAUCCAUGAAAGCUUUAAAUGGUGGAAAGUCUUGAGAUAUAUAGAUAUAGAUUUGAAUUUUUUUUAAAGUGGGAUUUUUGUGAUGCUUCUUGGUGAAAGCUGAUUAGAUUCGUUGACAGAAGAGUGAGGAAAAAGCACCAGAGAGGAUUUCUGUAUGGCAUAAUAAAGCAAAUUAAAGAACUUUUUGCUACCUGUCUUUUUAUAACCAAAGAAAUUCAAGUGGGAAAAUCGCCACUGACUUUUCAGAUCCAUUGGCACGGUUGUGUGCCUUACCAAGGGCCAGGACAGAAAAGAUCGCUGUGAUGUGUACUUCAGCCUUCCUGGGGGAAGUGCUCUGUACUGGUUCCUCUCAAUAACACCAGUGCUACUGACUAUAAAUAAGACUUUGACAAACAGCCUGUUCCCCCCCCACCUCCCAGGCUCCGGUCACGUGCUAGGAAGUGCUUUUCUCUAACUCAAGCCUGCAUUACAGUCCUUACAGCAGCAGCCUGGAAAGCUUGCUUUGCAGCAGAGCACUUUAUGUGGACACGGGAUGCUGAAGAGGCAGAAGUGAGCUUGCACACACAAGAGACUUAUCUGCAGUACUGUAGUUCUAUAUUAACUAAAGAUUGAAAGCUGCUGGGAGUAAGAAGUUGCCCUUCUUUCUGCUCUGGAAGACAUGAUUUCCAGGAAAGUGUUGGGAUCUCUUGUCUGUCUGUUUGUUGUCAGCGCAUUUAUCUGGAUUACAGUUAGGAAUGGAGAAGUGCACUACCUCCCAUAUUACCUUCCUUGCCCGGAAAUCUUCUCCAUGAAACUCCAAUAUACAGAAGAGAAGUUAAUCCAGCUUUUCCCACGAUUAUUUUAUCAGCAACCAAGAGUGCUGGCUCCAAAGCGUCAGGAUGUGCUGACAGUCACACCAUGGCUGGCCCCCAUCAUCUGGGAAGGAACCUUCAAUUCUGAGAUCCUAGACAGUGUCUACAGGCCACUGAAUCUCACCAUAGGGGUGACAGCCUUUGCUGUUGGAAAAUACACAAGGUUUGUGGGCCGCUUCUUGGAGUCAGCAGAGAAACAUUUCAUGAAAGGCUAUCGGGUGAACUAUUACAUCUUCACUGACAGCCCUGAGACAAUUCCCAAUGUCCAGCUGCAACCUGGACGAAGGUUUGUUGUCGUCCCCAUCAAGAAAUACCCCAGCUGGCAAGAGAUCUCCAUGCGCAGGAUGGAGGCCAUAAACAAGCACAUAGCGGAAGCGAGCCAUCAGGAGGUGGACUACCUCUUCUGUCUGGACAUUGACAUGGUGUUCUACAACACCUGGGGGCCUGAGACCCUGGGUGAUAUAGUAGCGGCCAUACACCCUGGCUAUUUCAAUGUCCCUCGAAGCCAGUUCCCAUAUGAGAGGAGGAGCUCUUCAGCAGCCUACAUCCCUGACGGAGAAGGGGACUUCUACUAUGGAGGAGCUGUGUUCGGAGGGCUGGUCAAGAAAGUCUAUGAGUUCACCAAGACUUGCCACAUGACCAUCCUGGCGGACAAAGCCAAUGGGAUCAUGGCAGCCUGGCAGGAAGAAAGCCAUCUCAACAGGCACUUUCUCUCCCACAAACCCUCCAAGGUGCUUUCUCCAGAGUAUUUAUGGGAUGACAGGAAGCCAAAGCCCCCUGAAAUUCACUUCAUACGUUUUUCCACAGUGGAUAAGAACUACAAAGAGGUACGAAAUUGACCAUCUGCUCCCUGCAGAGAUGUCCUCCACACAAUCAAACCACUGAAUAUUAGCUCCCACAGAACAUGCCCCGUUGUGAUUUUUUGUUGCCAGUGUGAACAAUCUGAGACAUGAACCUGUGGAUAGUUCCUCUGGAGAACAGGAGUCUUAAUGCAUUUCAGAAGCAGCAUCCAAAGUGGAGGUGAGAAUGAAAAGGUUUCUAGGUCCCUAAUCUUUGUAAAUGCAAGCAUCCUGCUUGAGGCUGCAGCACACAAAAAGGCAUCCAAAAGGCCAGUUAUCAAAUGCAAGGCUGUCCUUAUAGCAAGGCUGCAGAUGCCUUUGCCUGCAUGUUUUCCUGAGGCCUAGCAGAAACUUAGCAAGAUCAAAAUCGUAUUUGGCAUUGCUGUGGAGAAUGAGAAGACCUAGAGUUUUAGCAUUUUCAUUAAAAAAAAAAAAAAAAAGAAAAAUAAUUUUGCAAGGCAAUAGAUUUUCAUGCAUUGUGAUUUAAGCUCACACCCUUUAUGAUGAUCAGGAGGAAACUUGUGCUCGGAGCACGUUAUCCCUCAUUAGUGUGCAGCAGGAUUUCUUGGACCUUCUCAGCAGAGAGCUGGUGCCAGCCAUUGCCCGUAAGAAUCCUGGUCUGACAGGGCAAAUAGUGUGAAUUCAUAUAGCAGUUAUCUUCCAAAUUCCAGUCUGUGUUUUGGAGACCCAAGUUUAGACAAAACUGGCACAGCUCAGACCCAGACUGAACUUCUUUGGGUUUAUUUCAAUCACAGAUGUGCUCUGAACCUUUUCCCUGGUUCACAUGUCUCUGUAGAUCACGUAAUCUUUUCCAACACAGCAAAUCUGGUAUUGAGAGGUUCAUGUUCCUAUCCCUUGCUUCAGUUCUUUCCAACUUUUCUGAGCUCUGUGAAAUAAAUUGGCUAGAAGCUGCUGGAACUGACACUAAGAGCUGAUGCAUUGCUAGCAAACAGGGUGAUUUCAUUUUAUAAUGAAAUGCUCUAGUGAAACUGAGAGUUCAGUUUAGAGCUGGAAGUAGGCUGGGGUUAACAUUUUAUUUGCGUGAAUGUUAUGAGGAGCUGAACCAGGCAUUUUGCAGCCUUUAAAGCCUGACAGCUCAUUCGGGUGAACAGGCUGGGGGGGGGUGUCCAAGCACAGGCAAAUGGCCACAGCUUGCCAACGACAACUGCAUAAUCGUCAACUGGGGUCACAACAUGGAGGUUCAUGUGCCACCUCCCUUGCCACAGCACGUCUGCCAUAAACAUCUCCGUUACCGCCUGAGGCAUGCUAUGAAAGGGCUGUGCAAGGCUGUGCCAUGCUCAUUUAAUGGGAGCAGGGAGAGACCACAGGGAGCAGCAGAGAAUGGCAGUGCUGUACGGCGCGGAGAGGCAAAGCAGGGGUGAAAGGGCCAAGCGGACCGUUUCUAAGGGAACAGUUUAAAAAAAAAAGAAGAAAAAAAAAAAGGCUCAUUUGGCAGGGAGAAUGAAAAUGGGGAAGAGGUGCCUGACUGUUCUUGCUUCUCUUCACAUGAGAAGAUUGCUGUGUGGCAGCAUAUCAAGUAUUCAAAGCUUUAGGGCCCCGCCACUGUUUGCGGAUGACUUAACAAGCCACUUCAGUCCUGUGUGAGCAGGCUGAAAAUGGCACUUGCCAGUGUCAUUGUAGGCAUUUCAACUUCCAGAAGACUAAUUAGAAAAGCUUUCACAGUACCCAUAAUACAGAUAAGGUACGUAAAAUACCUCCAGCCCAAAACUUCUAGCAGCAGCUGGGUCUGUUGAUUCAUGCUUCAUCCAGCAAAGGGUCUACCCUGUUAUAUUUUCUUCAGCCUGUUAGUGCUGUGGUGCUGCAGGAAGACACCCCUCUACAUAACUAAACCAGAACUGAAUCUCCUGUGAAGAUGUCUAUGUUUGGUAACAAGGCACAUCGUCUAAGCGAAAAGGGUGAAGCAAGAUCCUUAUCCAAAUAUUUCCAAAAAGAUACAUUCCCACUAAAGCCAGGAUUAAUCUGUAUAUUUCUUAGUUGUGUCCAAAGGCCAUAACUGAAGCUAGGGUCUCAUUAUGCCAGUUGCUAUAUAUAUGCAUAUGGAUUCUUUUACAAGCCAGAAGGAAGUGUCUAGCCUGAUCUGCACAGGACAAGCCAGAUAAUUUUAUCUCCCGAUGUCAGUAUCAAGCUCACAAUACAUAGCUGGCUUGUGCUAGAUCUCUUAGAAAAACAUUCAGAUCCAAUAAAAACAUGAAGUGAUAUAGCAGCCACAGAUCCAUAGAUCAGCUGUGCCAAUGGCUAAUUCCCCUUAUGCCUCAAUUCUGCUCUAAAUUGGUCUGCGUUUGCAGCCAUUGGGCUUCAUUCUGCCAUGCUAAGUUACUUGAAUUCCUGUGCAGAUAUUCAUAGCCUAUACUAAAUCCACCGUGACAGGAAGUUCUCCAGCACAAAUGACAUGUGAUAGAGGGUGGUCUAUGAUCCUGAGGUACCUGUUCUGAAAAACUUUUGUGAAAGGCUUGGUCUCUGGCUCGACUUCGUAGCCACCUUUUGACUGAAUCCAAGACCCUGUGAUUGAUGCAGUGAUGGCCUGGUUUGUGCAGUGCCAAACAUGUUUAUCUUCCUGGCAGGCCCGCAGCUUCUCUCCAGGGAAAGGUCUCGUAUCACAUGUUAUGCAACACAGUUCUGCUCGACAGGGCUGUGAUUUGAAGCAGUAUCUAGAAACUUCCUGUGUCUCUAGGGACCAGAAGAAUAUCACUGCAGAAACACACUCCCCAGUGCAGUGUGGGAGAUACUCCCUGAAUCAGCUCAUGCCCUCCUCUAAUUAAUGAAAGCCUGGACUUACUUCUGUUGUCAUCUCCUACUGAUUAAUCACCUUCCCCCAACACCGGCAGCAAGCUUUCCUUCCCUCGUUUGGAUUGUGCAGCCUGAGGCUUGUGGGCAGUGUGGGAGCUUCACAAGGGCCUACUUCCUGAUCUGAAUUCCCCACCAACAUCCAUUGCUCAGUGGGGAAACUGAGGCACGCGGUAGCAAGGCAGCAGACCGGCACUCUUGCAUGUGAGGUCUUCCUCCGUUCGUCACAGGGGACAACGCUGUCUCACGUGUCCUUGUGCCAAGGGAAUUUGGACUUGGAAGCAUGCACAUGGUACUGCAUGAGAAGUGAAUCACCACAUGUAAAUAAAUCAUCAGCCGAUUUACACUGCC